UUGACAGUCUUUAGGAUUUCUGUAAAUGUAUUUACCCUAGUGUAUAAGAUUUUCCGCAUUUGCUCAGUUUCAUACACAACUAGUGGCGAACUGCACGCGGGGCUUCUGUCAGCAAAGCUGCUAAUUACAAAGAACUACACUACCCAGUCACCUUUGCGGUCUCGGAAGCGACACGUUUGUCCAUAAAAAAGACGAAAGGCCCUUUGAAUCAUCGCGUGAUUUGGCGUUUCCGGAAGUUGUCGCGGCAUGACACGAGAACUGUCCGAGGUGCUGACACCGUGAAGAGAUACUUCUGCUUUGGAAUAUUGAGCCUGCCGUACUUUUCACAGAUUGUGGCAGUAUGGAUGAACAUCAAGGGUUGUGUGCAAGUUUGAUCUCCACCCCCAACAGCAGCCCCCCUGCAGAUCGUAAACCUGGGAAUAACCCUCAAUGUAAUGGGGCCCCAGAACGACAGACACAGUUACGAGUGGCUGAGUCCCAGGGACUGCAGCUCCUUGGUGUGCUCAGAUCGUUCAGGGAGCGAGGUCUGCUGUUUGAUUUCACAAUCAUAGUCCAGGAGCACAAAUUCUCCUGUCACAGAUGUGUCCUAGCAGCAUGUAGUGAUUUCUUCAGGGCCAUGUUUGAGGUUGACAUGCGAGAGUGUGGAGAUGGCUCAGUUACCCUGGCUAAUCAGUGCCCCAAGGCUGUGGGCUCUUUCCUGGACUUUGCCUACUCUGGAGAGAUUCUCAUCACUGAUGGCAACGUUGACAUAUUGUUCCAGCUCGCCUCUUUUCUGCAGGUUCCUGUGCUGUCCAGGGCGUGCAGUGACUUCCUUGUAGGAGCGAUGGACCUUUGUAACUGUCUUACCCUCUUGUCCCUGGCAGAGGCUUAUGGUUCAGCCUCUCUUCUUCGUAGUGCCAGCGAGUUUGUUGUUGGGAACUAUUUUGACCUGUCCGAAACUCAGGAGUUCCUCGACAUGCAGGAAAAUGUCUUAAAGGCCUGCCUAAGGUCAGAUGCGCUGAACGUUCCCAGCGAGGAGGCAGUUGUGAUGUCUCUCCUUAGAUGGAUUCACCACGAUCUGCCAGGGAGACAGAAGCUGCUUUCAGAACUGAUGUCUAUGACCCGACUACACCACCUGCCUGCAGCCUCCCUGAAGACUUUACGUGAUUCAGACGUGCUCCUCAGCAGUGACGACUCCUGCCUUACACUGCUAUCAGAGGCCCAGAGCAGACAGACGCAGUACGACGGCCUGCUGACUGAUGCUAGGCCCGCGACCACCCAGAGCUACAUCUACAUUCACAAGACAGAGGAGAACGGGGAGAACCGCCACACCUUCUGCUACUGUCUGGAAACGGACCGGUGGAGAGAGCUGCAAACAGAGCCGGGGGAGGCUUCCAUGCCAGAUCCACCCGGGUCUUACCUGACCAGCUAUGCUGAGAAGAUGUUUGUCACAGGCGGUUGCCGGGGGAACUGCAGCCGGGCAAUCCGCCUCCAUGUGGCCGAACCCGACCACGACGCCAUCGAUGAGGUUUGGUGUUUUUGCCCUGUGACCUUAACCUGCACGCCUGCACCGGCCAUGCUGAAGCCCAGAACCAUGCACGCAGCUGUGACCUGCCUCGACCGGGUGUACGUCAUCGGAGGACGGACCAAGGGAGCCAGAGGGGAUGCCCAGAGUCUUCUGGAGGUGGAGUAUUAUAAUCCUCUGACCCAGAGCUGGUGCUCCGUCAGCCACCUGCCCACUGCCAUCUUCUACCCAGAGGCCAGUGCUUGUGGCAGUGUUAUUUACACGCUCGGGUCUGAGGUGGAGAUCACAGACUCCUUUAAUCCCUCGCUCGACUGCUUCUUCUGCUACGACGCCCGGCGGGACCAGUGGAGCCGCUUGGUGGCGGAGUUUGGGCAGUUCUUCCACGCCACGCUGGUGAAGGCGGUGUCAGUGAACAACACGCUUCACCUCUGCGAUCUGUCAACGUACAAGGUUUACAGUUUCUGCCCAGAAACCUCUGUGUGGAAGGGCGAGGGCUCGUUUGAAUGCGCAGGGUUCAACGCAGGAGCCGUAAGCAUGCGGGACAGAAUCUACAUUCUGGGCGGAGACUAUUCCCCGGAUGAGAUUACAGACGAAGUUCAGGUGUACCACAGUGGGAGGAGUCAAUGGGAGGAAGUGACACCGAUGCCCAGAGCACUUACCGAGUUUCACUGUCAGAUCAUCAGCUUCAACCGAUACAGAGACCCAUGGGCAGAAUGACGCCCAACAAACAACACUUCCUUCACACAUAUAAACACACAUGCGUGCACCCAUGGAGCUAAAUGAUGCUGGAUGUGCAUGUCUGCAUUGAUCUCUCAUGGCUUUUCAACGUGUGCACACUGUGGAUGGCCAACAUCUCAAAACAGUACGACAGUCAGUGUUCAUCACCACUCCUGAGUCACAUGGCCACUUUUGUUUAACUCGUGUAAACGUUAUCAUAAGCGUUGUAUUCCUGAGGCACCUAAGGCUUAUUACAUCCUCCCAUGGAGGCCCCCGUUAAGAAAUUUUAAAAGUUUUAUUUUAGUAACAGAUUAUUUUUCAUGAACAAGAAACAAAUCAGAGCACGCGGUCAUAGACAUAGCAUGAUAAUCAGCUCUCCUGCAGAACAAGACUUUAUUUUUGUCUAAUAACAGAUUUGCUUUUUUCUUUCCUUUU